CCUUUCGGUACUCUGAGAAGUAGGCAAUAUAAUCGGACACAGAGCGACUAUCGGGAGUAAAAAUGGCCGCCUCUACCUGCGCUCGACUGUUCUUGAGGGGCACGGCGCGGAGUCUACGACUAGCCUCAGCACGCUCUCCUUUGUUAUUAAGCCUCCCCAUGACACGGGCCCACAGACUCGGCCCGACUGACGAUGAGCUGUACCAGCGCACCACGGUGUCCAUCAUGCAGAGGGAGCAGUCAGGCGGGGUGCUGAUCUACAGCUACAGCUCCCGUGGGUUCAACAUCGACGGAAACGGUGUGAUAGGGCCCUGUGCCCUCCUGCCCCCCUCCAUCCUGCAGUGGAACGUGGGAAACUACAAGGAUAUCACAGUGGAAAGCCUGGCCCUGUUCUACAUGGUCGAGCCCCGUAUCGAGGUGCUGAUAUUGGGCACCGGAAGUCGAGUGGAGCGGCUUGACCGAGAUAUUUUGAAGUUCAUGAGAAAAAAAGGCAUCGCUGUGGAAGUCCAGGACACGCCCAACGCGUGUGCCACCUUCAACUUCCUGUCGAGCGAGCGUCGAAUUGUGGCAGCUGGACUCAUUCCACCUCCCCCCAGCAAGGACCAGGAGUUCCUCGCGGUGGAGUCAACGUGACGGGAACGAAGUCACAGGCAGGAUGGACUUAAUGCAAUCACCUGCGCUCACAUACUGGAUUGAAGAUUGUGCCUGAAGAUUGUGGUCCCCUUCAAGCUUUACCAACCUCCUGGAUUUUUGUGAAGUUUCUAAAUUAUUUCGUAUCAUUCUCAUCCUCGGGUUAACUUUGCAAUAUUGUUACAGAAAAAGAAAGACCAAUCAGGAGACAAGGUCGGAGUAAUUGCACCUGGAUGCGAGGGCCUAAAUCAUCACUGGCUAUAACUAGACCACAAAGUCACUGUUAACCACCUGCUCUGGUGUAGAUCACCUGAAUGUAACGUUGCAAGCGAUAACCAUCCAGUGAGUUACCAGCAGAUUUGCCAGCUUGCGUGUUGUUUCUUAUCCCAUGGUUAAGCAUGCUGCUGUGUUGGUUUUGCCGACAGGUCUUGAAUAUGUGUGGACAUGUGCCGAUGAGGUUAAAGCUAGCCUUGGUAUUUUCCAGAACCACUUGACAAAUGACGAAGCAGAGCUGUAGUUACAUUGCACUCACGCAGUCAUGAUUGUGUGUGCGUGUGUACUCUCUGUAGUUGUGUUUGCAUGCAUUGCGUGUGCGUUUGUGCGGUUGUUAAUCCAGAUGACAGCUCCUGUGUGUAAUCCAGGUUUAAUGUCCCAGUCAAGGUUGCCAUGGCUGUCCUUCACUCAGUAAACCACAUUAAUCCUG